CUUCAAUCCGCCGUAUCACCACAGCAGCAGCCAUGGCAUCAACCAAGGUCAUCGGAACACAUUCUGGCUCGUUCCAUUGUGAUGAGGCGCUCGCAGUGGGCCUCCUGAGGAUGACCAAGGAGUUUGCCGGCGCGGGCGUGGUGCGGUCGCGGGAUCCCGAGGUGCUGGCGACGGCAGAUGUGGUGGUGGACGUGGGCGGGGUGUACGAUGCCGAUAAGAACCUGUUUGACCACCACCAGCGUGGCUUUACUGGCACCUUUGGCGAGGGCUUUGAGACUACGCUGUCAUCGGCAGGGCUGGUGUACAAGCACUUUGGUCGCGAGAUUGUGGCCUCGGUGGCGGACAUUGCUGACGACGCCGUGCUCGAGCUGGUGUACAACAAGAUGUAUGUCAACUUUGUCGAGGCCAUCGACGCCAUCGACAACGGCAUCUCCCAGUACCCUGCCGAGCUGAAGCCGGCGUACAAGUCGAACGGGACGGAUCUCGGCUCGCGGGUGGCGGCGCUCAACCCGCGGUGGAACGAGGUGCUCGAGGCGCCAGCCGACGAGCCCGACACCGAUCCGGUCCAGGCACGGUUUGAGAAGGCCGUUGCCAUCACUACCGAGGCCUUUGUGGGCAAGCUCGAGGGCCUGGUCCACUCGUGGCUUCCGGCCCGCGACAUUGUCGCUGCCGCGCUCGACGCCGCGCCGUCGGUCCACCCCUCGGGCGAGGUCAUUCUCCUGGAGACAACUUGCCCGUGGAAGGCGCACCUGAUGGAGCUUGAGGAGGAGCGUGGCAUUGCUGGCUCUGUCAAGUACGCGCUCUUUACCGACCGCUCGGGCGCGUGGCGCAUCCAGGCCGUGCCCAUCUCGCCGGACUCGUUCCAGUCGCGCCUGCCGCUGCCCGAGCCGUGGCGCGGUGUCCGCGACGCCGAGCUCGAUGCCAAGGCCGAGCUUGGCGUCGACGGCGCCAUCUUUGUGCACGCCUCGGGCUUUAUCGGUGGGCACAAGACGUACGAGGGAGUGGUGGCCAUGGCCAACAAGGCGCUGGCGCUGGCUGGCGAGGCCUGAGUCCCGGGCUAUGCUGUCGCACUCUUGGCCCGCUUAGGAAUGAAAGACAUACAGCGCA